AUGACCAAUUAUCCUCCUAUAAAGCUGCCGCAUCCGUUCUUAACAACAUACCGGGUACGCUCAGUUGGCGAUACAGCACCAACCAGGCUUGCCUUGGUACUAGAUAAUGAGCCCAGAAAUGGCAAACCGCUGUUGCAACCGCUGCAUCUCGCUACUCUCUCGUGGUUAGACUUGACGAGAAUACCCGACGAUCAGUGCCCACCUACGUCCGACAACAGCCCAUGGGCCAGGGCGCGUCGAAGCCCGGCGACUACCUUCCAGUGGGAAGGUGAUACAGUUCCCACUCUGGGCCAGAUUUGGAACGUGAUCCACGCAAUAUUUCUGGCCUAUCCGACAUUCGAAUGCUUCAGGCUCGUCUUGUUGGGAGAGGGAAAAGAAGUGGUGUCGAGGGAGCUGACUUACACCGGCCUUGGAAUAGAACACCCGAAGCCACGGAUCGGCGUACAAGGUGACAAUACGUCUUUGGCCGAGCUGGUGAUUCUUCGGAGUGCAUUCUGGCAAGGCGCAGGCUCUCCGACAGGCCCUCGACCAAUCUGGGUUGUAGGAGACCGUACUGACGAUUCCUUGAGAAUCAACUUGGCCCAAUACCCGCCAAUGCCUGAGCACUACCAAAUCACGAAUAAGUUCCCAAGUGAGCCAGUAUAUACUCGGCAUCCGGCACGUCGACCAAAGCCGUGUCCGGGUUCGAUAGUAUAUAGUCGGUACAUACCAGAGAUCGAUGUCCAUUUCUCUCUUGAAGCUGUCGAUUGGCAGGAUGAUGAACAUUUGAAGCUUUUCAACACAUGGCAGAAUGACCCCCGAGUUGCCAUGGGAUGGAAUGAAACGGGGACACUGGAGCAGCACCGAGAAUACCUACGCAAAUUGCACUUUGACCCUCACGUCCUUUGCUUAUUCGGCCGCUUCGACGAGUCUCGCUUCGCUUACUACGAGUUGUAUUGGGCAAAAGAGGAUCACUACGGCGCCCAUUACAAUGCAGGGGAUUAUGAUCGAGGAAGACACUCCCUUGUUGGUGAUGCUUCAUUCCGCGGCGCCCAGCGUGUCAAUGCCUGGUAUUCCAGUUGCAUUCAUUACUGCUUUUUAGAUGAUCCACGAACCGAAAACGUUGUUGGAGAACCCAAAGCAACUGGCUCGACAAUCUUAUCUUACGAAAACUCCCAGGGUCUCACUAUUGGUAAAUACGUCGAUCUUGGCCACAAACGAUCGGUGCACUCUAUAUGCAGUAGGGAGAAGUGGUUCCAGCUAUCUCCGCUCUUCUGGGACGGACGUGAGCGGCCACUUGAAUCCGCUGAUCGUGCUGCGUGGAAUGCCAAGCUCUGA